AUGCCUCCCAAGCGCAGAGUUCGUGGCGACGACGAUGACAUGCCCGUCAUAUCACGGGGCGGUGCUGCAGUUACCUCUAGCCUGCCUCCGUUGGCUUCUCGGCUAGACACGUCGUACGGGUCUGCGCCCUCGACUGCUUUGCGCAAUACUCGACGAGGCCAGAGGCGUGAUUUGCAGGCCAUCAUUAAGGAAACACUCCACGACAGCGACGACCCUGAUGACCCAGACGACGACGACGAUGGCAAUGAUGACGAUCUAGACGGCGAUGACGGCCGUAGUGAGCGCAGCAGGAGCGCCAAAAGCGACCACCUGCCACCCAAGAAAUCGCCCACUCCUAAACCAGUCCCUCGACCUAGACCUGCACGCAAAGUUCAACCAGCCCCCAAUCCUGGUCCGGACCCGGAUCUCGAUUCCGAGCAUGAUUUCGGCCCCGGGCGAGGCUCAUCCGAGUCGCCCGAACCGCCAAGAGAUCCGUCACCAGACCCGGCCAUUGCUCAGAUCUCACCGAGACAACGCCUGCUCCCUAGCAGAAUCGGUCCAUCGGGCGAACAUCACCAAGGCGCGCCUGCUCCUCGUCGGCGAGUUUUGCCCGAUGUUGCUCCCCCUCGAGGCCCGAGUCCAUCGCCACAGCAGCCUUCGACACAAGGCGCAGCCUCCAAAGGCCUUGCACCACCAGCCCCCACCAGCCAAGGUCUGUCUCCAUCCAAAGGCACCACCUUGGCUCCCAGCUCGCGGUCUGUCUUUGCGCGCGUCAUUUCCGAGGAGCCUGCGGAACCAAUGCCCACGCUCGAAUCAGUCCGCAGUUUUGGACAGGAGAGUUCCCUCUAUGGGGGAGCUGCUAUCGGGUCAACUCCAUCUCGGCUUUCCCUCUCGCCUGAGGAGUCAGAAGAAGAAUCUCCCCUGUUACCGAGACCGCCACGUAGUAAUCAGCCCGACCGGCUUCGGGGACCAGUACGAGACCCAAUCAAUGAGGUUGUUCAUCGGCGUGAACCGCUAGACUUGCGCCAAGAUAAACCGAUCCGCCCAUUACAGCCAGAACCACCGAGCACACCUCCCGCUCAACGUUACCGACUUCAGAGUGAGUCUCCUCCCCGCGAAUCCCCGGCUCGGUCUAUUGCACGCCGUUCUGUGGCUCGAGAUUCGCCUCGCACCAACACCAUCUCGCGUGCAUUUUCGGCAGAGCCUGCUCCAAUUUCACCUGCGACCAGGUCAAGUUCAACGCGCCCAUCAAGCCGGGCGGCUGAGUACUUGCCGACUGCGAACCGUUUCUCAACUCGCCUUACAAACCAUGUUGAUGAGGAAGAGUCCACUGUCAGACAAGAAUUGAGAGGCCCAUCGAACCGUGCCAUCGAAGAGCCGUCCCAUCUUGAUCACGUAUCUCGAUCUCAACUCUCACCCCGCCCACCACUGCAACAGGCCAGCCCCAGCCCAGCCCGUCGAAAUGUGUGGCCGCCCGCCUUCAACGAGAAACAAGCAGCAGCCCGACGUUUGCUCGACCACCCACCGCCUGUCAACAUUUUCGCCCCACGUCCCGGCAGAAUGGGAGGUCGCUCGGCGGGACCCUCCACAGCCAAACAGCCCAUCGAAGAUAGGGACAGCCGCUCAGCCAUUGGACAAAGCAGAUCGGGCUUGUUCGACUCCAGCAUGCAAGAAAAUAUUCGGCAAGAGCGGGAGCACGAGAAAGCUCAACAGGAUGCUCUCCGGAAGGAGCGAAACGCUCGUUUGCAAGCGUGGCCGCGGAUCUACAACACGGUGUACAGCUGGACACAUGCUCCACGCCCGGACAGCCCGCCUCUAAGAGACGAAGAUCCUGAUGAUUAUGACAGUCCCAUCGAAGCUCCGCCACAGGUUCCUUUGAGCGAGUCCUCCUGGUCAACUUGGAUUUUGUUCAAGCUUGCCGACACGUUUGUGGACGUUCUCAAUUUCCUCUUUUCGCCGCAUUCUUGGCAUAUCAAGGCUUUGGUCGGCAUCUUGCUGGUCUCUCUACUUGGCUGGGGCGCCAUGACCGGCCUCAACUCGGCCCCAGCCCUGGGACUGGGCGGCAUUCAGUGGUACGGCCUAUCGGACAUAUCUCACAAUCUUGGGCAGUUCGUCCCGCUGUGGAUGUCUCGGCCAACUACCAUGUUCAGUGACGAAGACACGAGAGAGUACAUACGACAGCAACGCAACCACGAAUAUGAACUUUCCAAGUUGACCAAGGCCAGCAAGCUUCACGAGGGCUCAUUAUCCCGACUAGAGGAGAUUGUGCCCAAAAUCGUCCACAUGACGUUGGACAAGCAUGGGCGACCUGUCGUAGGAGAGGAAUUCUGGCAUGCCUUGCGCGACCUGAUGAAGAGCGACACGGAAAUAUUGACCAUGGACAGAGGAAGUGGCGGAUACCACUUCAUUUCCGAAGAGCACUGGCGGGCCAUCAAGCACAGGCUCAAUAAGGACCCCGUGUACCAGAGUGCUGCGUCUCCGGCGGCACCUGGACCCUCCACCGCCGAGAUUGAGAAGAUUGCUCAGACCAAGUUCGACAAGUCUUGGGAGAAAUGGCUCAAGACGAAUGACAAGCAGGUGGCCAAGAUUCUCGAACCGGCCCUGGCGACAUCCGUGCCAGAUAAGAUCGGGAAGGAUCUUGAGUCCAAGAUUGAGAAAAUCGUCAAGGACCGGUUCAAGAACACGGACGCCAAGGACGUCGUCGUCACACGCAACGAGUUCAUCCGCCAUCUCAAAGGCGAAUUCGCUGCCCACCGUAACGAGGUGAAGGCUGAAGCCCUGGAGUUGCAGAAGAAGCUGGAACAUUAUGUCAACCAAGCCAUCAAGUCCGCCUCGCAGCAGACCCCGCCUGCGGGCGUUUCCCGUGCCGAGAUGGUCCAAGCCGUUGACGGCAUGAUACGCCAGGCCAUCGCAAAUGCCGGCCUAGAGGCCCUCGCUCAGGGCAAGAUCGGGGCCAAGUGGGACCGAGAACUUCGGCAUCAAGUCAACUUCCUCGGCCGUCACACCGGCGUCACCAUUGACCCCGGCCAAACCACCCCCGACUACAACCCUCCCGUCCGAGGUAAAAUUUGGAGCUCUACCUGGUUCAGCGGGACUAAGCGAGGACCGGAGAAAGCUCCCCCGGCUGCGUCUGCUACACUGUGGAGCUGGGAGGACGAAGGCGAUUGCUGGUGCGGCAGGGUGACUGUGGACAAAGAAAGGGGAUUUGAAGUCGGCGUCAGUGUUGGCUACCUCCUCGCGCACCAGAUCAUUCCACAGCACGUCGUUGUCGAGCACAUCCUGCCCGGCGCCACGCUGGACCCCAACGCCAGGCCCAAGCAGAUUGAAGUGCUGGCCUAUUUCGACGAGCUCAACACCCGCAAUCGCGUCAUGGACUUUUCGACCGCUCAUUUUCCCUCCAGCGAGAAGGUUCUCAGGGAUGGCUGGGUCCGCAUCGGCCGCUUCACGUACGAAAGCAGCGACGCGCUCAACGGCGUGUACGUCCACAAGCUCAGCCCCGAGUUGGUGUCCAUGGGAGCCGUCACGGAUCACGUUGUCCUCCGAGCGGUCAACAACUAUGGCUCUGACCACACGUGCCUGUACAGGGUGCGUCUGUACGGCGAGAGGGCAUGA